AUGCAUGCACUUCUUCGUUUCACACGACAUUUUGAUAAGAAAAAACUACGUUUUGUAAAUCCAGAAAGUUUAGGUCUUUAUUAUGGUGCUUGGCUCUCACAGGGUCUCAUUCGUGACAUCAAUAAAGGUGAAUAUCUUCUACAACCACUAUCACCUGAUGAUCGUCGAGAUCCAAUUCGCACUCUUACCCGCUUUCAUUUUAUGUACGAUGAAUGGAAUUGGAUAAAUUCUCCUCAACCACAAUUUCGAUACUUUUGUAAAUGGAUGAAACGAUCCAUUCUGCGAAGAUAUCCCGUCAUGUUCGGCAUCUUUCUUCCAGGUAUGGACUACGAAGAUUAUGAUCAUAUUGUGCCGGCGAUUGGUAUUCGAUACAAAAAUGCGGACGAAUAUGAUCCAGAUGAUACAUUAAUAUAUUAUGAUCUCUAUAGCAAAAAGCCAUUUGAAGAAGCUUUGUAUGAAGAUGAGAUCGGAUCAACCAGAACAGCAAUGUCUAGAAAGACGAAUGCUAAAAAUGGAUGUCUACCAUUAGAGGUUAAUAUGAUUGAUUUUAAUAAUGAGGCAUAG